AUGGUUGGACAAGCUUUUAGGAAACUUCUUCCACUCUUUGACAGAGUAUUGGUUGAAAGGAGUUCUACUGAAACUGUAACCAAAGGUUUCAUUAUGCUUCCAGAAAAGUCUCAAGGAAAAGUAUUGCAAGCAAUGGUCAUGGCUCUGGAGUCAGGCAGGAAAGGAAAGGGUGGAGAAAUUGAGCCUGACAGUGUGAAAGUUGGAGAUAAAGUUCUCCCAGAAUAUGGAGGCACCAAAUUAGUUCUAGACGACAAGGAUCAUUUCUUAUUUAGAGAUAGUGACAUUCUUAGAAAAUAUGUCGACUGA